AUGGACGCACCACGCGUCCCAUGGAACUAUACGCUGCCUAACGGGAACGUCGCUAUAACGAUGGAUGUCUGUUUUCAAAUGUUACGGGAUCAAGGUAUCCCACCUGUUCCCGAACCCACUGACGGCAGUUUGUGGUGCAAUGCCACCUAUGAUACAGUACUAUGUUGGCCACCAACCCCAGCAAACACUAGCAUAGUGUUGCCAUGUCCACCCCUUAAAGGACUGGAUCCGUCACGAAAUAUCACGAAGAAAUGUCAUUGGACUGGAAAUUGGCAAGGACGCACCGAGAACGAUUUUGCCAGAGAUCACGGUUGGACGAAUUUCACUAUGUGCUACACGGAUGAAGUGAUCUACAUAAUGAAUAAUCUCAACAACGAAUCGCUCGGGAUCGCCCAGGAAGUGGCGAAGAACGCACGAAAACUCGAGUUUGUUGGCUUAGGCUUAUCAUUGGUGAGCCUUAUCGUGUCAAUUGCUAUAUUCUCGUACUUCCGACGGUUGCGGGUCUUCCGCAAUAUGCUACAUUUACAUUUAAUGAUUGCAAUUUUAAUGGUGGUCAUCAUUCGCCUUGUUCUCUAUAUUGAUCUAAUAUUCACUGGAAAUCAUGGUCCACAUCAAAGUCCAUCUGAUGGGAAAACCAUCAACACUAUGCCAUUCGUCUGUGAAGCAAUGUAUUAUCUAUUGGAGUAUUUCAAAACGGUAGCAUUCGGAUGGAUGUUCUUAGAGGGUUUCUAUUUGCAUAAUCAAUUGGUGCUCACAGUCUUUAACUCGGAACCACGACUAACACCAUAUUUGAUAGCUGGAUACGGGAUUCCCGGAAUUCAUACAUUAAUAUGGUUGUUCGUUGUGUUGAUUAAAAAAGACUUCAAGGUGGAACGAUGUCUAGGCUCGUAUUAUCUGGAGCCGGAAUUCUGGAUACUUGACGGGCCAAGAAUGGCAGAAUUAGUGGUAAAUUUAUUCUUCAUUUGCAACGUAAUUCGAGUAUUAUGGUCGAAAGUUCGAGAAAGUCACAGUACAAGUGAACUUGACAAAAUGAAGAAAAGCGUUAAAGCUGCCUUAAUGCUCAUUCCACUGCUUGGUAUACCUAAUAUUAUGCAAACGAUACCGUUCGCUCCAACACGAGAUAACAUAACGAUUUUUGCUAUAUGGACGUAUCUCGCCUCUUUUACAUAUAUGUACCAAGGUCUUAUGAUUACGAUCAUUUAUUGUUUCACCAAUAAAGAGGUAAAUACAGUCCUGAAAACUUUCUAUGAUCGAUAUCGACUACAACACACAAGUCAGCAUGAAUUACGGCGAGGUUCACGCUCUAUAGCGUCGCACUAUCAAGCACGAAACGGUCAAACUCCUGGGGUAGCCAUUUCGAUGGAUAACAACAACGGAUCGUCAUUGUCACCAUACAGUCAACGAUCGAAAAAGGGUAGCGGCGAUUCGACAGCAAAAUUGAUGUUAAGCGUGCCGCAGUGUGCUGAUGAACUUGUAAAUAAUAACGGUUACGGUGCUGCAAGCGAACGAACACCGCUCAAAACACAAUGCGAUUGCACUGACGGGAUACGGAAUACACCGAUGCUUAAUGGGCAACAUAUAGCUUAG